AUGCUUGCCGCUCUUUGGACUUUGCUGCCAUUCCUGGCAUCGCCAGUCCUGGCGCAGACCCCGCUCUCCUUCCAGAGCGUCGGCGACGCCGGUAUCUCUGCCCAGAUGAUGUUCCUUGGCACAAAGAACAAGGUCUACAUCCUCGACAAGACUGAGAACAACCCCACCACCAUCAACGGCCUGUACGGCGAGCACCCUGCAUGGGCUGUCGAGUACGACAUCAACACCAACAAGGUGCGCACCAUGGAUGUCUACUCGAACACCUUCUGUGCUGGUGGUGCUGUGCUUGGCAACGGCACUUGGGCCGUCUUUGGCGGUAACCAGCCCGUGACAACGGGCGGUGUUGCCACCACCACUGCAGGCGCAUACUCUGACAUGACGGGUGGCACUGCCAUUCGUCUUCUUGACCCUUGCGACGACGAGUCGUGCGAGUACGUCCAGGGCACCCAGACGCUCGACAUCAACUCGGACACUGGUGGCUACCUCCAGAUGACCGGCAAGCGCUGGUACCCCAUGGUCGAGACACUGCCAGAUGGAUCCCUCAUCGUUAUCGGCGGUGACAAGAACGGUGGCUACGUCAACACUGCCGGCCAGGACAACCCCACCUACGAGUUCUUCCCCCCAACCAGCGACGGUGCCGUCAGCCUCCAGUUCCUUUCGGACACGCUGCCCAUCAACCUCUAUGCCCUCACCUGGCUCAUGCCCUCUGGCAAGCUGUUCAUGCAGGCCAACCUCAAGUCGAUCCUGUACGACUACAACAGCAAGGAGACUACCAACCUGCCAGACAUGCCGUACGCUGCCCGUGUCUACCCCGCCUCGGCUGCCACCGUCAUGCUCCCCCUGACCCCUCGCAACAACUACGAGCCCACCAUCCUCUUCUGCGGUGGUUCCAACACUACCAACUGGGGUACCGACGUUGGCCCUGGCUACAAUGUCACUGCUUGGCCUGCCGACCAGACCUGUGUCCGUAUCACCCCCGAGGGUACCACCACUGCGUACCAGGACGACGACUACAUGCUCGAGGGCCGUUCCAUGGGCCAGUUUGUCCUUCUCCCCGACGGUACCAUCUGGCACGGUAACGGUGUCGCCAUGGGCACUGCCGGUUACGGUGACCAGAACUACUCGGUUGGCCAGUCGUAUGGCCAGGCCCCGCUCUACAUGCCCACCAUCUACAGCCCCGAGGCAAAGGCCGGUACUCGCUGGAACCGCACUGGUCUCUCGGCUUCGGACAAUGAGCGCAUGUACCACUCGACUGCCAUUCUCCUGCCCGACUCGUCGAUCCUGAUCUCUGGCUCCAACCCCAACGCCGACUUUACCACCAACCAGUGGCGUUCGCGUACCGACGUUGAGCGCUGGUACCCGUGGUUCUACAACGAGGCCCGCCCUGGUUACACUGGCAUUCCCGAGACCGUCUCGUACGGUGGCGCUGCGUUCAACCUCACCCUCAACACCACCGACGCCACUGCCGCCAACAACACCAAGGUUGUUCUCAUUCGCGGUGGUUUCAACACCCACGCCAUCGGCUUUGGCCAGCGUAUGAUUGAGCUCGAGACCUCGUACACCAUUGACCGCAACACCAACAUCACCACCCUCCACGUCAGCCAGCUGCCUGGCACUCCCGGCCCCAACCUCUUCCAGCCCGGCCCUGCUCUCUUCUUCGUCGUUCAGAACGGUAUCCCCUCUGACGGCGAGUUUGUCAUGGUCGGUACCGGUUCCAUUGGCACCCAGCCUACAGCUACCAACGCGGCCCUCCCUGCCUCGACUGUCAUCGAGGUCCCCGUCGUCGAGUCGAGCACCUCGGCCACUGACGCCGCCCCGACCGCCGGUGCCACCGACACCACUGUCGACUCGCACAAGAACUCGUCAUCAGGCGCCACCCGUGUCGUCGCGCCCAUCACCGCCGGCGCGGCUCUGCUUGUUGGUCUGAUCGCCGCUCCCCUGCUCCUGUAA